AUGGCGCCUGGUAUUGGGUUGGUUUCUACCCUAUUGCCAUCUGCAAAAGCAACAACCUCUCAUAACAAGGAAACUUACUCCUUAUUUGAUAAAGAUGAAGAGAUUAUCAUUGGUAGAGAGGAGGUAGUGUUCGAUAUAGUAACAAACUCGAUCAACUUAACCAGUAGUCAAGCAAAUCACCUUUCCGUUUUGGCUAUUGUGGGUAUGGGAGGCCUCAGUAAGACAACCAUGGCGAAACUUGCAUGCCAUGAUCCUAAGAUAGAAGGGCACUUAGAUGAGAAAAUAUGGAUAUGUGUAUCUACUGAUUUCCAAGUCGUGAUGAUAUUAAGGAGGAUCUUUCAAUCAUUUCGACCCGGAGCUGCAGUAGAGGGCAAGGAUGGACUUUGUAAAACCCGCAAACAAGAGCUGAAAGGGAAAAGAUAUCUUCUCAUACUGGAUGAUGUUUGGUGCCAUGAAUCUGAAAAAUGGGAAGAGUUGAUAAAUUGCUUGUCAAAAGAUAUCUUCUCAUACUAUGCUUGA